AAAGGAAAGAGAGGGCACCUCUCCCCGUCUGCCCUUCGGCCAUGUCCAAGCCCGGAGCCGGCGGCGCCGUCGAGGAAGAGGCCAAGAUGCCCCUCUCUUCUUCCUCCUCCUCCGGCGAGGGGCGAGAUGGCAGCUCCGCGGACCCUGCGCCCGAGAGGAGCCCCGGGAAAGUUGGGCAGAGGCAGGAGAUCGUCUGGAGGAAUGUCAUCCUCAUGGCUCUGCUGCACGUCGGGGCGGCGUAUUCCCUGGUCCUCAUCCCCAGAGCGCAUCUGUUCACCCUGAUGUGGGCAUACCUGUGUUUCUUUGUGACCGCCCUGGGAGUGACAGCAGGGGCCCAUCGCUUGUGGAGUCACAGAUCUUACAAAGCCAAACUACCUUUGCGGAUAUUCCUGGCUGUAGCAAAUUCAAUGGCCUUUCAGAACGAUAUUUUCGAAUGGGCCCGAGAUCACCGAGUCCACCACAAGUACUCGGAGACGGAUGCCGACCCCCACAAUGCCCAGCGCGGCUUUUUUUUUGCCCACAUUGGCUGGCUCUUUGUCCGGAAGCAUCGAGAUGUCAUAGAGAAAGGAAGGAAGCUGGACUUCAGUGACCUGCUGGAUGACCCUGUUGUCAUGUUUCAAAGAAAGCACUAUAAGGCUUCGGUCGUGCUGAUGUGUUUCGUCAUUCCUACUAUUGUGCCUUGGUACUUCUGGGGGGAGAGCUUGUGGAAUUCGUACUUCCUUGCUUCAGUUCUGCGUUACACCAUCUCUCUCAAUGUUUCUUGGCUGGUCAAUAGCGCUGCUCACAUGUAUGGCAAUCGGCCGUACAACAAGAACAUCAAUCCUCGGCAGAACCCCUUUGUCACUAUAGGAGCUAUUGGCGAAGGCUUCCACAAUUACCACCACACCUUUCCGUUUGAUUAUUCAGCUAGCGAGCUUGGCUUGAACUUCAACCCAACCACGUGGUUCAUUGACUUCAUGUUUUGGUUGGGCUUGGUCACCGAGAGGAAGCAGGCUCCGAGGGAGAUGAUCCAAGCUUGCAAAGAGAGGGCUGGAGAUGGCAGUUUUUGAGAAACAAAAUAUGUCUCUGAACAUUGAUGCUGCUGUAUGUGUUGUUUGUAUGUUUCUUCAUUGGAGUGGAGGGUCUCCUUACCCCCAAUCUUCCCCUUAGGAUGGAAGUAGUAUUUUUCAUUGAUCAUAGGCUAAAUUAAAAUCCUGGGUUAAUUCCA